AGGAGCAGGUGGAUGUAUCGGAUGUAGUUGCACCUUAAAGCAUGCGUGUGUGAGCUCAGAUUACUCGGGCUUUAGGACCACGGGAUGAGCUGGACGAGAGGCAAAGUCUGCGCACCUCCAGCAUGUAGAAGUUGAGGGAUUAUCUUCAACCUGCUUUGUCUGUCACUCGUUUCCCAGCACUGAUGCCUAAUGGAUGCAACGCUACACUUCAUACGAAUGAUUGGCCAUUUAUUUCUUUUUCUGCUUUCUUGGUGAUCCCCGUUGAAUCACAUCACUUUGGUAAAAUGUAAACGAUGUAAAAGUUGAGUGAAAGCUCAAAAUGGGGAAUUCGAGACAGCGCUGGGCUAACUUCUGAGCGCCCAACCAUUCUUCAUCAUGAGACUCUGGGGCAGAGCUACAGCUGUCCGCAGGAGGAUGCUUUGUCUCUGGCUGCUCCUCCUCGGGUUCGCUCUGGUUACUCUGGCGCUCUUGGACCUCUUUAACCGGGAUCAAGGUCAUCAAAAACCUGGCCCUCCCCGCCGCCCCCUCCAGCGGAUUCCCAGUGCACCGGAUCUGGAAGUCAUCGUGGACUCCCGGGACCCCGCAUUAGAACUCGAUCUCGCCCCGCUAAAAUCCCUGCGAGAAGACCAGCUUUUAUUUGUGCCAUCGACGUUGAGCACUAAAAACCCGCAGCAGAAGAAGGGGAGUUACAAAGUGCUUCUGCCAGCAAAUAAGGACGCCCGCGCCACUGCGCCUCCGACGCACGGUGAAAUGGGGAGAGCAGUGCGGCUACACCUGGAGGGCAUGGAGAAAGAUACGGAGCUUUCUUCGGUGCAGAAGUACGGCUUCAACGAGGUGGUCAGCGAGAAGAUAUCACUGCAUCGCAGGCUGCCUGAGGCGCGCCAUCCUGCGUGUUUGGGGCAGCAGUACAGCGAGUCGCUGCCGUCCGCCACUGUUGUUAUCUGUUUCCAUAACGAGGCUUGGUCCACGCUCCUGCGCACUGUGCACAGCGUGCUGGAUACUGCACCCAAACAGCAUCUGCAGGGGGUUCUGCUGGUGGACGACCUGAGCCAACAUGGGCACCUGAAGAGUGUGCUGAGUGAGUAUGUGUCUCAUCUGGAAGGGGUGAGUUUGAUUCGCAGCAACAGGCGCCUGGGCGUUGGAGGGUGUCGUGCCCUGGGCGCUGCCAGAGCUGCAGGGGAGGUGCUGGUGUUCAUGGACUCCCACUGUGAAUGCCAGAAGGGUUGGCUUGAACCACUGCUGGAGAGACUGGCCCAGGACAGGACCAAAGUGGUUUCCCCCAUUAUGGAUGUGAUCGAUUGGCAGACCUUUCAGUACAAUGCCACCCAGUGGCCAGUUAGGGGAGUGUUUGAUUGGAGACUUGACUUCUACUGGGAAUCAAACCCUCAGCUGCAAGACAAGGAGACAAACUCGGCUGUCCAAGCUGUGCGGAGCCCAGCGUUAGGAGGUGAAGUUGUGGCCAUCGACAGACACUUCUUCCAGAGUGUGGGAGCCUACGACCUGGGGAUGUUGCUGUGGGGGGAGGAACAAAUUGAGCUGUCAAUCAGGGUGUGGUCAUGUGGGGGCUCCAUGGAGGUGGUGCCCUGCUCGCGUGUGGCUCACUUAGAGCACCACCACCUGCCUUACCGCUUCCCAGACCAGGAGCUGCUUCAGAGGAACAAGAUUCGGAUUGCGGACACCUGGAUGGAAGCAUACAGGAAGAUCUUCUAUCGGAGAGACACACUUGCUCAUUUCAUCAGGCAGUCUGAGAGCCCGAACAUCACAGAGCGUCUGCGGCUAAAGAAGAGUCUGGGAUGUAGGAACUUCCACUGGUACCUGACGACAGUUUAUCCACAACUUUACAUCCCACAAGACAGACCUGCACUGUCAGGCGAGCUGUACAAUGUGGGCACUGGCAGCUGUGCCGACUACCCUGGGGGCCAUGGACUGCAGGGAGGGGCCAUGAACAUAGCACCGUGCAGUGGGACGGGCAGCCAGCACUGCGACCUAAACUCUGAGUUUGAAGUGCGGUGGGGUCCCAUGGGGGCUUUGUGUUUUGACGCCAGGGGGGACAGGGUGGUCUUAUCUCCAUGCCCCACACACCGACCAAGCACCAGCAGAUUUCGGUGGAAGUUCAUAAAGCUGAGCGGUCAACUUGUUCACCAGCAGUCACAGUUGUGUCUGGAGGCUGUAAAAGAUGGAGGGCUCCCACAGAGCAGUACAAGAGAAGACAACACACACACAGGAGGUCUCUUUCUGCGCCCCUGCACCCAUCACCCCAAACAACAGUGGCAUUUUGAGCAACUAGUGGCUCCUAAAGGUGCCUGAUACACAUACUGAUACUUGCACAGACAGGUAAAUUUGAUUUGCAAAAUGUAAAUCCUAGAUACUAUGCAUAGUAGCAUACAGUAGAGAAAGACACAAAAAAUAUCUGUUUUUGCUCCAUGUUGCCACUCAGCUCUUUGUUCCUGUUUUAAGGAUUGCAAAUACAGUUUACUGUAUUAAAUGAUAAAUGACAGAUUUUCUAAAAUAUUAAAGUAUACGAUUAUGUUGGAACAAAGUUUUGAUUUAAAACUGUCACUUUAGGAAUAUCUAUUAUUGUAUUUAUGUACAUUUAAUCAUAUAGAGUGUGAAAAAUGUGUCAAGAAAAUGAUCUUCAGUGAUUUUUACUUCAGUGAAAGCUGUGAUUAAUCAAUGUACUGUAUGAUUCUUUUUUGUGGACAAUUCUGAAGAAAUCAGCAGACUGAAUCCAGUUAAAAAUGAAUGAAUUUCCAGCACGAGCUGUAUUAAAAGCACAGUAAAUUUGGGUGUUUUUAAAUAUUCUGUUGAUUAGAUGUCUGCUACUUAUUCACAUUUCGUCUUGCUGGAGUAAAAUAUAGGUGUCACUAAUAACAUAAUAACUAGUAACAGUGGCUCUGUUCUGUUCAAGUGCCUUGACAGUGUGUUGGUGUGCCAGCAUGGACAGUGUGAGAACACUGAAACUGAAGCAGCUAAAUGGAAAAAAAGUUUUGCUGCUUAUGUCUACUACUACACCUGUGCUUUUGUUUUCACUGUGUCCCUGUCAAAGGUGCAAGAAAACUCACAGAAGGCGAGUGACUGUCACACACAAACACACACGCACA